AUGAUGUACGGCAGUAAUCAGACAGUGGUGGAUAAGGUACCAGCGGAAAUGUUGGAUAUGAUCGACUCACACUGGUACCAAUUUCCACCCAUGAAUCCAUUGUGGCAUGGACUGUUGGGCUUUACUAUAGGAGUCCUAGGCUUUAUAUCUAUCGUUGGUAAUGGAAUGGUUAUCUACAUUUUUACGGCUACUAAGAAUCUGAAAACGCCAUCCAAUUUGCUCGUCGUCAAUCUUGCUUUCUCCGACUUUUUAAUGAUGUGUGCGAUGGCUCCUCCUAUGGUUGUUAACUGUUAUAAUGAAACUUGGGUAUUCGGUCCAUUGGCUUGCAAACUCUACGGUUGUGCGGGAUCACUAUUCGGUUGCGUGUCCAUAUGGACUAUGACGAUGAUAGCAUUUGACAGAUAUAAUGUUAUCGUAAAAGGUAUCGCAGCCAAACCCAUGAAUAAGAAUGGAGCAUUAACACGUAUUCUAGCUGUUUGGAUUGCUGCCUUAGCUUGGACUCUGGCCCCAUUCUUUGGAUGGAAUAGGUAUGUGCCAGAGGGAAACAUGACAGCGUGUGGAACUGAUUACUUAACUAAAAACUGGAACAGCCGUAGUUACAUCCUCGUCUACUCGGUCUUUGUCUACUUCGCGCCACUUCUAUUGAUCAUCUAUUCUUACUUCUUCAUUGUAAAGGCCGUGGCUGCGCAUGAGAAGACGAUGCGAGAACAAGCUAAAAAGAUGAAUGUUGCUUCUCUUAGGUCAUCAGACGCUGCCAACACCAGCACUGAAUGUAAACUGGCUAAGGUGGCACUAAUGACUAUAUCGCUAUGGUUCAUGGCAUGGACGCCUUACCUGAUUAUCAACUACACGGGCAUCUUCGAAAGCGCCCCGAUCAGUCCACUCGCCACCAUCUGGGGCUCUCUUUUCGCCAAGGCCAAUGCAGUCUAUAACCCUAUUGUAUACGGCAUCAGUCAUCCAAGAUACCGCGCAGCGCUAUACAAGAAGUUCCCUUCAUUGUCCUGUGAGGCAACGUCAGACGAUACCGAUUCUGCGAUAUCCCAAGCUACAACUGUCUCCGAAGAAAAACCAUCUGCGUGAUCUACAACCAAAGACUUGCCAGAGACUACUCCUUUAUUGGCAAUAUUAGCUUUGUUAUUUGGACUAACGAUCUAAUAAAUAUUUAAUUAAAUGCAAUUGGUU